CACACGGAGAAGAAGAGACGAGAGAGCGAGAUAGAGAGAGAGAGAGAGAGAGAGAGACCGACAGUGAGCGAGUUUUUGAGAUUGAGAUCUCUCCUUCCUCUGUUAAACAGGAGAGGGACAUCUCCCCCGACAUUUUCUCAAUUCUUGAAGCAAACUCCACAUCUCUCUCAACUCCUCUUUCCAACCCUACCCGCGAACGAUUCAUUAAUUCAUUCCUUCCUUCUUCUAUUUCGUUUAUAUCUACUGAUCAGACGCCCAAUUCCACACCCCCAUCUACCUGACCUGCUGCUACUAUUGCUUUCCCACCGCCUCCUCCCUCCUCGGUGGUGGGCGCAUCCAUCGAUCGGGGGGCUCCCGUCUUCUUGAUUCCGAAUCGGGGGGGUCUGAUUCGGUUCUUUAUCCCCAUCACGCUGUUCCUGGAGUUAACCCUCGACAAUGGUGGUUUCUGGACCGAUCACGCCGGGCCAGGUGUCAUUUCUACUAGGAAUCAUCCCAGUGUUUAUUGCAUGGAUAUAUUCUGAGCUGUUGGAGUACAAGAAGUCAGCACCUGUUUCCAAAGUUCAUUCAGACAACAAUUUGGUGGAACUCGGAAAUGACACCAACAAGGAAGAUGAUAGGGCUGGUUUGCUUGAGGGAGGCUUGGCAAAGUCAGCUUCUGCUAAGUUUCAUAAUUCAUCAAUCAAAACAAACUUAAUAAGGUUUUUGACAAUGGAGGAAUCUUUCUUGCUGGAAAACCGAGCAACUCUGAGAGCUAUAUCUGAAUUCGGGGGACUUCUAAUUUAUUUCUACAUAUGUGACCGAACGGAUAUAUUACGAGAUUCCAGCAAGAGCUACAAUCGCGACCUUUUCCUUUUCUUAUAUGCCCUUCUUAUCAUAGUAUCAGCAAUGACCUCCUUGAAGAAACAUGCCGAGAAGUCAGCAUUCUCCGGAAAAUCCAUACUUUACCUUAAUCGGCAUCAGACAGAAGAGUGGAAAGGAUGGAUGCAGGUUCUUUUUCUGAUGUACCAUUACUUUGCUGCAACUGAGAUUUACAAUGCAAUUCGUGUUUUUAUUGCCGCCUAUGUAUGGAUGACUGGGUUCGGCAACUUUUCCUAUUAUUACAUCCGGAAGGACUUCAGUCUUGCACGCUUUGCUCAGAUGAUGUGGCGGUUGAACUUCUUCGUGAUAUUCUGCUGCAUCAUCCUCAACAAUGACUACAUGCUCUAUUAUAUUUGUCCAAUGCACACGCUUUUCACUCUCAUGGUGUAUGGAGCACUGGGCAUUUUCAAUGAAUACAACGAGAUCAGAUCGGUGAUGAUCUCAAAGAUUCUUGCAUGCUUCCUCGUGGUUAUAUUGAUAUGGGAAAUUCCUGGAGUUUUUGAUAUACUCUGGAGUCCAUUGGCAUUUAUGUUAGGCUACACUGAUCCUGCGAAGCCUGACUUGCCCCGGCUCCAUGAGUGGCACUUUAGAUCAGGACUCGAUCGCUACAUUUGGAUCAUCGGAAUGAUCUAUGCAUAUUACCAUCCCACUGUUGAGAGAUGGAUGGAGAAAUUGGAGGAACUUGAACCCAAGAGGAAGAUGACAAUUAAAACAAGCAUCGUCACAGUUGCAGUGGUUGUCGGCUAUUUUUGGUAUGAAUGCAUCUACAAGCUGGAUAAGGUUACCUACAACAAGUUCCACCCCUAUACAUCAUGGAUCCCUAUAACGGUGUACAUUUGGUUGAGGAAUUUCACUCAGCACUUACGGAGUUAUUCGCUGACACUCCUUGCGUGGCUUGGAAAGAUCACACUGGAGACCUAUAUUUCUCAAUUUCAUAUCUGGUUGAGGUCUAACAUGCCUAAUGGACAACCCAAGUGGCUUCUCUGUCUCAUCCCAGAAUACCCGAUGCUGAACUUCAUGCUCACGACCGCAAUUUACGUCUUUGUAUCACAUCGUCUAUUUGAGCUAACCAAUACACUGAAGACUGUAUUUAUACCCACAAAGGACAACAGGAAGCUCUUGUCUAAUUUGAUUGCCGGUGCCAUUGUAUCUCUCUGUUUAUACUCAAUUUCCUUCAUCGUUCUUCAGAUUCCUCACUCAUCAGCCUGACGCGUACAAACCAUUAGAAAGACAUGAAGCUUGUGCUGUUGGAAUCCAAGUGGUCAAAUGGGGAGCGUGAAUAAUCGCCGGGAAAACCGCUUUAUAAUGAAAAGAAAAGGUUUUGCUGGACAAUUCGAGGCGAACGUACCAACUCUUUGCUCAACUAUGGAUUGAAAGCGAAUGAUCUCAGGGAAGCUGGUCCAAGGCGACGGUUGGCGUGAGAGAGAAGUGAUUGUUUUCUUGUUUUUCUUUUACAAUGUUGUCAAUUUUCGUAUAGCUAAUAGGAAUUUCUUUCUAGGGUCAGAAAGUGCGAGUUUCCAUCUUUCCUUCGAUUUUAUAGCAGAUUUCCGAGCUUUGUUACUGAUGCAAAACAUCUCAAUCUUGUAUUCAUAUUCACUUGAAAAACACGUGGGAAACCGUAGUGCUCUGUACAUCGCAUUCCAAUCAUAUUUCAUAUCUCAGUUAGAAAAAUGCAGUUUUCUUCUUUCCA